GUCCUUUUGUCUUUGCAAAUCUAUUUGUUGAAGGCUUAAACUUACAAAGCCAGGUUUGCUUUGAUGGUGUUCGUGUAGGUCUGUUGGAACACCACUGUCAUUUGACCAUCGCAGUGGGAGAAAGAUAAUUUCUCUCUGCAAAACAUUUAGGUGAGGUCUGUCUCAAAUCCAAUGUAUAAAUAUAAGAAGAAAAAUAAUUUCAGUGUUUUUCGGAUAGCGAGUGUGAAGUAGUCAGUAAUUUUAUUUAAGGGUUGCAUUUGGAGGCGUUUAGGCUUGUUGUUUGUCACAGGGUGCCAGUGGUCACCAGGUUCUGUGGCUGGCUGGAAGGAGCUCGCUCUCCUUGGCCUCUGCCUAGGAGCUACUCUCUUCACAACUUGGCGAAGCAGAUCUGUGCCAGUACAUGGAGGAAGGGAUGAUCUGUCUGUGGCCAGCAUGAACACAGCUCUGUGGUUUCCUCCCUGUAGUCCUGUCAGUGGUACUUGACUUGUGAGGAUAUGGGUGUCCUUGCUAUGUAGCAUAUGGACAUCUACAGAAAGAGAUUUUUAGGGCUUGAGGGUGUUUUGUUUCUUUGUUUUUUCUUCUGCAUGUGUGUUUAUUUGGUUUUUGCCUGGCCAGGUUAUGUAUUGGAGCACAUAAACAUUCAGAAGGAACAAAAUGGAUGAGUCCAGCUGAGACUCGUGUCUGGUAUUGAGGGUUUUUAAGUUAGAUCUUGGUGCUCCUUCUGAGUAAGAUUUGUUUGGCUAUCAAAGUGUUUUCCUACUACUUGCCAAGAGGAAACCUAAUCAGACAAGCAUCUAUCUUCCAUCAACUUGCAUAAUCUUUUGUGUGUAAAUUAUAGUAUUUUAGACCCACAUGACUUUGCUUGAAAAACUGGAAAAGGACAUAACCCAGCCACUGUAGAACUUCACUGCAGGAACCUGGUGCUCUAGUACUUCAUCAUGCAUUUCUCUUUGAGAUUCUGGUUCUGUGAGCCAAGCGCAUCGCUGCAGGUGGCAGGGAUGCUUUGCUGGUAGGUGGUAUGAUGCUUUGCUGGGCAGAGGCAGUGCUAGGUGACCUUGCACAAAAGCACCUUGUUCAAAUGUCCUGCACUCUAACAGGUAAAAAAAAAAAAAAAAUCCAUAUUUAUAGGCCUGCCCAAAGCAGCACAUGAGAUUGACUCUAAAGCUGUCUAAAACACUUCCUCACCCUUGUGUGAUGGGAGAAGGAUCUCUUCACACAGUUCCUCUCACCUGUCUUUUGGCCAGAACCUCAAGCACAGUGGGUGCAUGAGAUGUCUAAGCCUCAACAGCAUCUCAGAGCCAUUGAUGAACCAGAAAUAGAACGAUCUCAUACUAGAUUAUCCACUUAGAGAGACCUUCAGUUGCGUAGCUACACUUCCAGCUUGCAGGACUGAUUGUAAAUCCACUAAAAAUAGAUCUUUAUUUAACACUAGUCUUACACGUGCUCCCUGUCAAAAUGCUUUCAAUUUUCCUUUCUGAUGUGCACUAUUAUAUUUUGUAUUCCUCUCGAUGUUUCUGAGAAUCACAGGAAAAAAUGCUUUUCAGUAUUGCUGCUCCUACAGAGCUAAUACUAUGCACGUUCCAUAAAAUAAGCCUUUAAAGAUUCGUUUGAACACCCAGAGCCAUGGGACUAUUCAACAAGUGCUGUCAGAGCUAGAUGCCUAGUAAAUUAAUUGGAGGAGUGAUGUAAACUUCCAUAAUUAGGGACAGAGGAACCCUUGACUGUUAUAAGUAGUGAAGGGGAAAAAAAAAUCUUUUUGGGGGUAAGGAAUGACUAAUGUUAAGUUGUAGGUCCUGGUGGAAGGUUGAUGUGGCACUGGCAGUGUGAGGAUGGAGGGUCAGUGCUGGAGACUGGGCUUUGGUGGCUAAAGCUGCAGGAUCUGCUCUCCUCCAGUUCUUCCGUUAAGCAGUCUGUACACUUAAUAUAGCUGUUGAUUGGAAAUUGUUCCUGAGUGUAGAUUCUUUUAUCUUUAUGUAAAUUCUCGUUCAUGCUCAGUUUUAGGCUGUGUAUUUUGCUUGCUGUGUCUGUUGCUUGAGAGAGGUUUUAUAAGCUGUGAAGAAUUCCCUUAUUUUUCAGAACAGGCGUGUUCCAUUUUGUGGAUGUUGCACUUGGCUCUGGAGUGAUGUGUUUCCCCUUGUCAGCUGUCUGCUCCUUUGGAGUGACGAGGGGUGACAGUUCACAAGGAAGGCAUGGAAAGAUCGUAACCUAUGGAGGCUUUUUGAUUAGCAGAGGAAAAAGUGCAAUGGAGCUGUAUUGACUCGGAAUUAAAAUUGUUUACUCUCUGAAUAUGGUUUAUCACUUUCUUUGAUCUUUUCUUUAAACUCCUUGUGUUUUCAUUGUGUUUUGUCUCACGUUAUGCAGUUCUCAAAUUUCCAUCCCCUACCAAGUUAGCACCACAUCUGAAAAAUACAUGUUGGGUGGAUACGAUUUAAGAAACUCCUUUUGUCACAAAAUAUAGCCGAAGUGCAGAACUCAGAACUACAGCAGUGACACGAGUUGGGUUUUUCUUUACUUGUGGAGGUUGGAAAUGGUAUGGAGACGCAAAUGGUGCCCUGCACAAUUUUUUUUUUUUUUGCAAAUGUCCUGUUCAUGCGACUCCAGAAGGCAGACGGGGGGCUUUGUGCCUUGCCACUGCGCUUCAGUGACUCAGUUCUAGAUGUUGCUGAUACAAAUGAGGUGUUUGGGUUCCUGCACUGGCUUUUCAUGCAAGUCAAACUGAAAGACAGCAUCAUGUUGCUGACUCCUCUAAAGCAUGAUUCCAAAUGAAAUCAUGAUUAUGCAUCAUUGUGGCCAUUACGUGUGGGGAAUUUAGACCACAGUUACGAUCAAAAAGUUUCCGACUGAAUACCCAUUGCUACUUUUCCUGGAUGUUUCAGGCCACGUCCUGUGCCUGUAUUGCAGUCUAUUUGCUCGAUCAGACCCAGAGGUCUGUUGAGUUCAGCGUCUUUUGCAUUCCGAGAGCAGCACUGUCUGCUUCAAUGGAAGGCGCAGGAGACGGCGUGUGUUAGGCAGCUGUAGGGUAAUCUGCUCCCAAAGAAACAUCGUGGUUUACAUCUACUGCAGCUUAUUUUUGUUCAUUGUUUCCUGUUUAUGUGGGUAAUCUUCUUAUCCACAGAAAUGUCCAGUCCUCUUUUUGAAUCCUUGAGUUCUUGCUUUUAGAUGUUUUGGAGCAGUAAGUUCCACAGGCUUUAAAAAAAAAAAAAAAAAAGUAAUAGACUCUUUAGAUCUUCGCAUAUAAGUGGCAAUUCUGUUCUUCAUAUAAUAUAUGAAAGGAUGGGUUGUUAUUUAUUGUAUUGCCUUUUUAAUGUCUGAUUUUACUCAUUUUCUUUCAAAGGCAAGCAGUCCAAAUCUUUUUAGUGUCUUUACCCAUAAUUUUUUUCCACAUCCUUUGCUGUUAUUGUUGUCCUCUUCUGAAUUCUGUCUUUCUCUGACAAGAAUUCUGACUCUUACCUGUGGUACCCUUCUUGAUGGAGUGAAGAUGAAAUGAAUGCAGUAAUCCAAGGAAGGUGCUGGAAAAUUACUCUGAUGCUCCUAUGACCCCAAAACAGAUUCUGCAGGUCAUAGAAGCUGAAGGACUAAAGGAAAUGAGUGGCACUUCUCCCCUAGCCUGCCUCAAUGCCAUGCUCCAUUCCAAUUCAAGGGGAGGUGAUGGACUCUUCUACAAACUGCCUGGACGCAUCAGCCUUUUCACGCUCAAGAAGGAUGCCUUGCAGUGGUCUCGGAAUCUGUCUGUGCCCGAAGGGGAGGAGCUGGAGGAUACAGCAGAUGCAGAAAGUUGCGAGUCCAAUGAAGCAAGCACUGUGAGUGGUGAUAAUGAUGUGUCUCUUGAUGAAACCUCCUCUAAUGCCUCGUGUUCCACUGAAUCUCAGAGCAAGGGACCCGCUGCUACUAGAGAGGGCUACAGAACCGCUUCCCAGACAACCAAACAAAAGAAAAAGACUGGUGUAAUGCUGCCACGUGUUGUCUUAACACCACUGAAAGUAAAUGGGGCACACAUGGAGUCUGCCUCUGGCUUCACGGGAAGGCAUGCUGAUGGGGAGAGCAGUAGUAGCACAUCCAGCAGCAGCAGCAGCUCUUUGGCCCUGUGCAAAGCCACCUUGCGUAGCAGAACGGAAAUAAACAGGGAUCCUCCGCAGCUUCUGAGAGGUAUCCGAAAGCCCACAGCUGGGCAAAUGAAACGAAACAGGGGUGAGGAUAUUGACUUUGAAACACCUGGUUCCAUUCUUGUCAAUACAAACCUGCGAGCUCUGAUAAACUCCAGAACCUUUAAUGCGCUCCCAUCUCACUUCCAGCAGCAGCUUCUUCACCUCCUUCCUGAAGUUGAUAGACAGGUUGGGGCUGAUGGGCUGAUGCGUCUCAGUGGCAGUGCUCUGAAUAAUGAAUUCUUCACCCAUGCUGCGCAGAGCUGGAGAGAACGACUAGCUGAUGGUGAAUUCACCCAUGAGAUGCAAGUUCGAAUUCGGCAGGAGAUGGAAAAGGAAAAGAGAGUGGAGCAGUGGAAAGAGAAGUUCUUUGAGGACUAUUAUGGACAAAAGUUGGGCUUGACCCAAGAAGAAUCGCAGGAGCAGAGUUUGGUGCAAGAAGAUGCUGAGAACAGGACAGGACUGUCUGUUAAAGGAGAAGCAAGACUGCCACGCGGUCCUUCUACACGGCAGAGGGAUGGGCACUUCAAGAAACGCUCCCGGGCCGACCUGCGAUGCAGAGCCAGGAGGAGCCUGUACAAAUUGCGUGAACCUGAGCAAACGGAGGCUUCCAAAGAGACUGCUUCUGUGGGACCAGAUUCCUCUCUUCAUAAAGAGACAAAGCCUGAGAAAGACCUGAAGAAAGACAAUCUGAUGAGCCCUUCGGCUGCAGUACCGAAGCCAGAGAGUUCAGAAUUACACCUCUCUCCAGAGACUUCCAAGUCACACAGUAAAUCAGAAGAUCUGUCGUUGGCAGCUGCAAACAGAAUUCCCAGUUUGCCCCAGGAGAACUCUGCUCGGGAGUCCAAGGACCAGAAGAGGAAAUCCUUUGAGGAGGCUGCCUCUGCAUCCUUCCCCGAAAAGAAGCCCCGGCUUGAAGAUCGUCAGUCCUUUCGUAACACAAUUGAAAGUGUUCACCCAGAAAAGCCACAGCCUACUAAAGAGGAGCCAAAAGUCCCACCCAUCCGGAUUCAACUUUCACGUAUUAAACCACCCUGGGUGGUUAAAGGUCAGCCCGCUUACCAGAUAUGCCCCAGGAUCAUCCCCAACACGGAGCCCUCCAGCCGGGGCAGGACUGGGGCCAGAACACUCGCAGACAUUAAAGCCCGUGCUUUGCAAGCCCGAGCCCAGCGAGAAGCUGCUACAGCCGCCAUCGGAGGUGGGGGUGGCCCGGGUGGAGGGAGAAACACCGAUGAAGGAGGUGGUGGAGGAGAAUCCAGCAGCCAUACAGAGCACAGGAGAUCAAAGAGAACUCAUGGAAAGCGUUCGUCAGAUCUACAACGAACACAAUUACUGUCGUCUCUCCAUCUGAAUGGAGAAAAGGCUAACUCUGAGGUGGCUGCUCAGGAGGCUAACGUGAAUUCCUUCCUCUCUUCAAGACAAGACCCCUCCUCUUCAAAGAGCGAGGGAAGUGGUGUUCUGGAAUGCACUGCAGGCGCUAGCUCAGGGGAAGCUCACCCUGGUGAUGGUUCACCUAGAAUGCAGUUCUGUGAUGCUUUGACUGGGUCAUCCUUAGACAAUGCAACUUCUGAGAGGCAGGAGGAGAGCCCUGAGCAGCUCCUCUGUGACCCAAGGACCGAAACCCCAUCUUGUGUUGCAUCACAGGAGAGGCAAAGUACAAAACUGAAACGCGUGGUUCCUCUGGUAAACGGUCUGUCUUGUUCUCAGGUGCAGGGAGCUGUUGCUGGUCCUAUGGGAGACAGGCUUUUGUCAGAGCUCAAAGAUGUUAGUGCUUCUGCCAUACAGCUGGAUUAUUGUUCUGACGUAAAGCAAAAUUCCUCCAGUUGUCCUGCUCUUCUGCCAGAAUUGUCACCAGGUGCUAAAGAAUGCCAUGAGCCAGAAAUGGUAUCUAGAUUUAGAUUUAAUGGCUCUGAAACGUUUGUGGAAAAAUGCGUUGCUGAUAGCGAUAGCUCCAAAACAGUGAUUACUGGAGCGGAGAAAGCAGUCCCUGCACUGUGCAACUUCUCACACCUGCAGGCAGAGAAGGAGAGUGAUGGAAAACUAAGUCAUGAAGAACAGAAUACAGAGUCUGUGGCAAAACCCUCUUUACACGAUGGCUUUAUUUCUCAGAAUAGGAUAGAUACCUCUGAAAAACUGCAGCUGAGGGAGAGGUGCCCCAGAACAGAAUCAGAAAACGCACAUCAGCUGCCGAGAGAGACUCAAGAAUUCAAGACAAAUAGAGAUGAUGAAAUACAGAGCACACACAGUGAAACAACAGAUACCGCUUCAGAUUUUGAAGGUGACAUAGCUGAUGAGAAUGCAGAGAUGGAUGGAUGUUUUGGAAGUGUCAGCUGUAGGGAGGUGGCUGAGAGAGACUCCUCCUGCCACGGCAGCACUGAGAGAUGUGGUAGGAUUAGAUCAAAAUCAUCUGUGGAAACAGAUAGUCUGGCCUAUGUUGUGGACUUCCCUGCAGUGGCAGUGAUGAGCACUGCACCCCCAUCUCAGAGAUGGGGACCACAUGCACCAUUGCCCCAGAAAUCCGAGCGGCCGACGGGUUCUGCUCGGCCUGUAUCCUCUGUUGAAACCAGCAACCCUUUGGUGAUGCAGCUGCUUAAGGGGAACCUUCCACUGGAAGAAGUUCUCCCAGUAUCUCACGCUAACAUCAAGCUGGAAAUUACACAGCCACCGCUGGACAAGCAGUCAGAAAGCCUCUCACUGCAAAUGGAGAGAGGCAGCAGUUGCUAUUUUGGCAAAGAAUCUUCUCCGGAUGUAGGAAUAAAUACGAGCACCCUAAGCAGGAGUGAUGACUUCCACUCAGUGAGAUCUUCCUUAGAUCCCCAGGAGAAGUGUGGAUCGGGGGCAGUGUUGCCUAGAGCAGAGGAUGUGGAGGAUCAGUCUGUUCCAGAAAAACAUUCCAAAGCUGGUUUGACUUUAAGCUGUCAAGACCAACUGGCAAAUGUGGCAAGUGCCUCACAGAAGCCUGAAGAUCUGGACCCUCGGGAAAGAACAUUUUCUUCCUGUAGCUUUGAGGAGCAAAAGGAGUUGUCCAAGGUCCAUCGGGUGCCACAGCAUAACCCAUUGACAAGUGUCAUCACAAAUAAAAGUCCAGAGAAGCUGAAUGCCUCUACAGAGCCUCGGUUUUUAUCUCCAUCUAUAACUUCUCCUGGUCCGAAUCAGACAGGAGGUGCAUCGGUCAAUAAAAAUUAUGUUGGGGUUCAAGGCAAAAAACUCUUUGGUUCUGGUUUUCCUUGCAACCCUAGUGUUAGACUGCAUCACUCCAGGGCUUUGGAUCAAGUUUCAGCCAUGGGAACCUUGUCCCCCAGCAAACAGAUUCCUCUGAACAAGAGCUGUGCAUCAGGAGAAGGAAUGCCAGCUGCAAGGGAAGAAUGGACUUCAAAGCAGCACACCGACACUCUGGGAGGAAUAAAAAAUGAGAAUGCGUUGGCAUGCGGCAGCCCGGCCAAGAGUAAUGCAGAGAACCGGAAGGAUGCAGCACAAAACCCUGUGGAGCUGACUGAGCAUUUGCAAAAUGUUCCACUGGUUAUGGACUUGCCAUUUUUUAAGUUUUCAAGGGAACCAGGAAAAGGACACAAUCACCCUUUGGAGCCUUCUUCCAUACCCUCUCAGCUCAAUAUCAAGCAAGCAUUUUAUGGGAAGCUUUCUAAGCUGCAGCUUAAUUCCACCAGCUUUAAUUAUUCAUCUAACACUCCAGCUUUUCCCAGAAGUCUUGCUGGAAGCAUGAUGCAGCUAACCCACAAAGCGAACUUUGCUGCAAACCAUAAUACAUCCCUGUCUGUGCAGAUGUUUGCUGAUAGCAGCAGUGUUGACGAGAUAUCGUUCAAGUGCUCGUGCAGCCUUAAAGCCAUGAUCAUGUGUAAAGGCUGUGGGGCAUUUUGUCACGAUGACUGUAUAGGACCCUCUAAGCUUUGUGUAUUGUGCCUUGUGGUGAGAUAAUAAAUUAUGGCCAUGGGACAAA